AUGGCUACAUAUGGGAAUAGGAAAAGGAAUAAACGCGUAAGGCUAUCAACCAGUUCUACUUCCUUUAGUGAUGACUUAUUUAGCAAUGAUGAAAUUCCUAGCCCUAGUGAGUCAUUCAACAAGUCACCCAAGAAGUUUAUCAGUGUUAGAACCACACUUGAGAAAGAUACAAGCGUGAAGAAUUUGACUCAGACGUUAUUGAAUAUUGCAGACCCUCCUAAAGAAGAGAAGAAAGUACCAAAGGAGAAAUCUAAAGUCAAGAGGAAACCUAAGUCUGUUCCGAGAUCUACAACCAAGAAAAGUAAACCAAACAAAAUCAUACGAUCCAAUGCUUGGGAUGAUCUAUUCAAUUCUAUAGAAGAGCAACCAGUUAUUAUCCUUGCAAACGAACAAUCCUCAGCUAGUGAAGAAUCAGAAACCGAAACAAACGAAGUAUCCUUUGAAAUCGACUUUGAUUCAAUAUGUAAAGAAACAACACCAACACAACCAGAACCAAAACGAAUAGUUCCAAAACCACAGCCUAAACAAAAGACGUACGCUAGUGAUCGAACUUAUCUCCUUGAUGACAAUGUAGAGCUCCAUGUUAAACAAGAAUUAACUAAUGAAAUCAGUUCGCGCCAUGAUUUUGACAAUUGUGAAGCAAUCCUAAAUGUCAAUGAUUUGAGAAGUAGUAGUAAUGGUAUGAAUACCUUAUAUUAUAUUCUUGAUGGGUUGUCUGGUACUCGCUCAGUUCUAGUCAGUUCACUACUUGAAUUGUUGGUAUUGGUUCAAGGAAAGAUAUCACAAUCUGAUUUGAAUAAAGUAGUACUUGCAGUUAAAGAGAUUCGAUGGAGUGAUGAUAUUGUGGUAAAAUUGGUAUCUUCAGUAUGUUAUAGAGUUUGUACCAACCACAAGGAAGUCCUUGCACAACUUGAACUGGUUUUGGAUAAAGUUAUACUUGGAUUGUCAACUGUUAUAGAAAUCACUAAAUUUCUGAGAGUUAACCAAAACCUAGCUAAACCAUAUCUUGAACCAUGCUUUGAUAUCGGCUUCCUAAGAGAAAUCCAGAAACAGAACUUGGUUAAUUGGCCAGUCAUUCUUGCCAUUUUAGAACUACUUGAAUCAAGCCAGCGAAAUAACACCGACUUACUAGAAAUACUCGAGGUUUAUUUUCAAGAUUCAAAGCUAAUAGGAUUAGAUGUUGAGAAAUUAACGCCAUUGUUUGAAGAGUCUUUCCUCCGACUUGACCAGGAUAAGAAUACCGAAUUUGAUUCUAGGAUAAUCAGGGUUUUCAUUGUAUUAACUACCAACUACGAAAAGAAGGUGGUCCAAGAAAUAUAUGACUCCAAGUGGACACAUAUAAUAUUCGGGUUUCUUGAUAGAACUUAUCGAGAUGCAAACCCCGAGUCUUUAUCACUAUGUCUACUUCUAUUGGGAUUAUUAAUGAACUUGGUUGAAUGGGACUUAAUUGAGGUGGAUGUACCCAUUAUAGCCAACAAUAUGGCACAACUAGAAGCAUUAGAUAAUCAACACAAUAACGAGAUAAAAUCCUAUAUAAUAGGAUAUAACGCGAUUGUACUAUCGCAUCUACAAAUAAAAUACUCAAGCCAGCUCACAAUAAACAGGUCAAAACUCAAGACAUGGUUGACCCAGUUUCAACCUACAGCGGCCAUAUCCGGUAAAGUUUACAUCCUUUUACAAAGCAUAUAA